AGGUAUCAACAUGACAAGCGGAAAAAUGAUUUUACGGAUCCUUAUUCUAAUAAUCUUUAUAUUUACAGAGGUGGUGGAUUUUGCGUCAGGAGCCUACAGAUCUCGAAGAUCCUACGUCUCCACAGGGCUAGAUGCAUUGACGAUUGUUAUAAUUGUUGUCUCUUGCUUGUCAAUGCUAGCCGUUCCAGUGGUAAUAAUAAUCUGUAUAAAAUGUGGAUGUUGUAAAGUAAAACAAAGAACAUAUCCUGGUCAAAUGGUCCCACCUGGGCAGCAAUUUGGACAGCCAGGAGCAUCUAUGUAUGGCCAACCUCAGAGCGGAUUGCCACCGACGUACGGACAAGCGACUCAGUACGGACAAGCAACUCAGUACGGACAAACAACGCAGUACGGACAACAAAACGGUUUCGGACAACCAGUUGAAAAUCAGUUUUCCUAUAGUAGUCCAAAAUAUUAAGAACAUCUUCAGUUAAAUUUUGUGAA